AUGGUGGUGGAGAAGUUGGCCUCUGGGCUAUGGAAGGAGCUGGGAUUGGCGAGGAGCAUCUACACCGACAUGGAGAAGUUGCAGAGCAAGUUAUCAACGAUCCAGGACGUGCUUGAUGGUGCAGAGAAGAAAUCUAUCACCAACAGAGCUCUGCAAGGUUGGUUGAAGAAACUCAAAGAUGCAGCUUUAGAUGCUGACGAUGUGGUGGAUGAGUUCCAAACUGAAGCACUGCGGCGAAGAAUGGAGAGACAUGACCGCAUGACUGGAAAGGUGCGUGACUUCUUUUCCUCAAACAAUCCAAUCGCAUUUCGAUAUAAAAUUGGUGGCAAGAUAAGAGAGAUUAGAAAGAGAUUUGAUGAGAUUGCAAAGGAGAACAAGGAUUUUAAUUUGAUGGUGAUCAAAUCUGACUCAGAUAGGCCUGUGAGCCGUGAGACCAAGUCACUAGCUGUUGAAUCUGAAAUUUAUGGGAGAGAUAAUGAAAAAAAUGAGGAUUGA